AUGGACACAGAAUUUCGUCAAAGCACGCGCCGACACAAUGGGCGAGCAUGCCAAGUACAUAAAUACCCACAGACAGCAGCAGAUAUGAACAACAUCCUAGACGCACUCGGCCAACGGGAUAUGAGCUACUGGGGAUUCAGCUGCGGCACUCUCCUCGGACAGACACACGCAGGGUUAUACCCGGCACGCGCGAAACGGGUUAUAAUCGACGGCGUAGUGAACCAGUGGCAACUAUACGAAGGACACUACGAAGAAGAGUCGAUGGUUGACACGGACACCGUGCUAGACGGAUUCUUCGAUGACUGCAUCAAAGUCGGCCCUACAAACUGCCCACUCUCCUCGCUGGCGACAUCUGAAGAAGAACUACGCGACACAGUGCUUUCAUUCAUGGUCAAACUGCGAGAUCAGCCGAUUGGUGUCUACAUCAACAAUACUGUCCACGGUCUCCUGAACCAUGACAUGCCUACAGCACCGGCGAGCAAAUUCCGACCAAUCAUUCGCACUCAUAUUCCUAAACGACGGCCUCAGCGGUCCAAAGCAUUGGCUAGAAGGCUGAGCAGCACUCCUGAACAAAGUCACACCCUGGCUAAACGAAAGUCUGUUCACAAUGGGCUAAAGACGCAUUUAUAUGUUCCACGGAAAGGUGUGAAAACAGCUCACCCGCUGUUAAUCCUAUCUACUUCCUACGUCCCUGUCUCUCAGCUUGUCUCGGCGCGCUCGGCUAAUGAGGCAUUUGUUGGGUCGCAGAUUGUUGAGGUUAGGGGGUAUGCACAUUGUUCUGUUGCGGCGGCUUCUGUUUGUCUUGCGAGGCAUUGUGUGAUUGAUGCCCCUUAUUUUGUUCAGCCGGAUGGAAAUGGUCUGGUUUCUGCUCAGAGGGAGUUUGAGGAUUCUGAGGAUGAGAAGAUUCAUCUUUCCCAAUUGGAAAUGGCGAAAGAUUGGGAAUUUGCUUGGCCGUUUUUGGGUCAACCUUGUUUCCGUUGUGGUUCGUGA